AUGCCAUUCGGACUUGUCGGUGCGCCUGCGACUUACCAGCGCCUGAUGGACCGUGUCUUGGGUGACGCAAGGUGGCACCAUGCUCUUGCUUACCUGGACGAUGUUGUGGUAUACUCGCGUACCUUUGAUGGGCACUUACGCCAUCUCAGGGACGUGUUGGAGCGUCUGAGGUCUGCGGGGAUAACGCUAAACCCGACCAAGACCCAGAUCGCAGCAACCCGAGUAACGCUACUGGGUUUUAAACUUGAUAACGGACGCCUUCUGCCGUGUGAUGACAAGGUUCAGGCAUUAUUGAACUUCCCGUCACCGGCAGACAUAGGCGGACUGAGACGCUUUUUGGGGCUGGCGAACUUCUAUCGACAGUUCAUCCCAAACUGCGCUGCACUGCAAGCCCCCUUGACAAUGCUGUUGAGGAAAGGUGAGCAGUGGAGGUGGGGUCCCGAGCAAGAGGAGGCACUGCGCAACCUCGUAAAAGCGCUCGUGGAAACCACCGAGUUAAGGCUACCAGACUUGAACAAAGAAUUUGUCAUUCAUACGGACGCCAGCGACCUUGGCCUAGGAGCGGUUUUGCUCCAACAGCACGAAGUGACUCAGCCUAAGAGCAAAGUAACUGCUACAAUGCUCGACGGCGCUGGUCCCGAAGGAAGGGCAGACGAACCCCCUUCGCAGGACGAAAGCGUGAACCACUUGGACUGCGUCAGUUCAGUGGGGAGCGUGUUCGGCAGAAAGGAGCUGUUAGAGGCACAGCGGGAGGAUCCGUUUUGUAAGAAAGUGUUUGAGGGGCUCCGGGAGCCCGGCGGCGCGGCCGCGGCGCACAUGGACGCAGCUGGUAUUGCUGUGGGUGCGCGGCGCUCCGAAACAGCUGGUAUUGCUGUGAGCGCGUUGGAUUCCUACCUGCUAGACUCUGACGGCGUCCUGCUGAGAUACAUCCCCGCGGAGAAGGAUACACAUGAGUCCUUCAAAGCGGUGAUUCCACGCACGCUGAGAGGAGCACUUUUACGCUACUUUCACGAUACGUGCCUGGCUGAGCAUGCAAGUGGCCCUAAGACUUAUCUGAAGUUGUGCCGCUUUGCUACCUGGCCUGGAAUGAAGCGGGAUGUGAUGCGCUACGCCCGCUCUUGCAACCGGAAGCUGACGGCACGCGUGAUCAUGGGAAAGCUGAUCGAGGUGUUUACACGAUUCGGCUAUCCUGAGCAGUUGAUAACGGACAAUGCGUCCUACUUCACUGCCAAACUCUUCGUGGACUCUUGUGCAGCUCUCGGCAUUAAGCACAGGAGAACAACCACGUACCAUGCCCAGGCGAAUCCCACUGAGCGUGUGAACCGCAACAUCAAGCACAUGCUCGUUGCAUUUGCGGGGACGCACAAUGAGUGGGACGCUUGUCUUCCUGAAAUUGGAUUUGCUAUCAGGUCGACAGUGAAUCGAUCGACUGGGUAUACACCCGCCACCCUCAACCUUGGGAGGGAGCUGUUGAAUCCGGUAGAACUUACUCUACAGGAACGAAGCAGCACGGAACUGGUUGUUUCGUCGGCACGCGCCGAUUAUGCGACUGGGCUGCGCGCGAAGGUAACGGAGGCUUUACGAAAAGCGCGACGGAACCUGAGCACUGCACGUGCCGAGCAGAAAGCGCAGUACGACCGCUCUCAUCGGGAAGUUCACUACAAAGUGGACGACCUGGUGUUGAGACGGAAUCACGUCCUGAGCGACGCCAGUAAGAAAUUCUCAGCUUCUCUGGCGCCGAAAUGGACAGGACCGUACCGGGUGCGAGAGACUGUCUCUUCGCUCGUGUACAGGCUGGCGGACUUGAAAUUAAGACCGAUCAGCCGACCGGUGCAUGUCUGUGAUCUCAAACCCUACUACAACAGAGGGAACGAGUGGCCCGAGGAGAACGCUCUCCCGCGCCCGCAGGCAGCGGCAUCGGGUGGCACAGCUCGACGUUCGAGCCCACAUGCAGGCUUCCAGAGCGAGCACGCGCUUUCUCUUCGGAAGAAGCGAGAGGGGCUAACAGAAUUGUCGCAGCAGCAGACCGCCCGUCGGGAGCCGUGCAACAACCUUCAAGGAGAGAACACCACGCGCGCUCGUCGAGGUCAGACGUGCCUAAACACUGCUCCACAGCACGUACGUCGGCCCGAACCACCGCCCCCAGCCGGGGGCCCCCGAGGCACCGCGAGCGGCACGGCUCGCCCCGACACCCCGACGACUCCGGCUCCCCAGCUCCGGAGAGACGCUCAGCCGUCGAGCUAA